UAAUUAUAUUUUUGCAAAAAUAAGUUUUGCCAGUUUUUUUUAUUCAAAAUAAAUAUAUAAAAAAUAACCGUUUGAAAAUGGGUGAUGAUUUGGAUGCAAUUCGUGCAGAACGCAUGGCCCAAAUGCAGUCACAAUAUGGUGGCGGCGGCGGUGGUGGCAAUGCAGCUGAGAAACAAAAAGCUCAAGAGGAACAAAUGCGCCAGCAAGAAGAAAUGAAACACUCCAUAUUAUCUCAGGUAUUGGACCAACAAGCUAGAGCUAGAUUAAAUACUUUAAAAAUAAGCAAACCCGAUAAAGCUGCCAUGUUCGAAAACAUGGUCAUACGAAUGGCACAAACGGGCCAGCUCAGAGGUAAACUCGAUGAUGCCCAAUUUGUCAGUAUAUUGGAGAGUAUUAAUGCUCAAAUGCCACAAAGUAAAAGUACUGUUAAAUACGAUAGACGCCGUGCUGCCAUCGAUUCAGACGAUGAUGAUGACUAUGGUUGCUGAUCAAGUUCUAUCAAU